AUGACAACCCCGACGGCUUCUCCAACAAGCAUCACGGCGGUAUCUCCAUCUAGAACUCCGACGAAAUUUCCGGCGUCUUCUCCGGCGAAAUUUCCGGCAUCUUCUCCGGCGGAUCUACCACCAUAUCUGUUACCGGAACCCACAGAUCUGCAUUCAGAACCACUGCAACCAACUCCGGCGAGUAUUCCGGCGGCAUCUGCGGAAAGAAUUCCGACGACUUUUCCGAAGGUAUAUCUGGCAUCACUUCCGGUGAUAGUUCAGACAGAUUCAUCGUCAAAAAACAGAACAGCGUCACCUACAAAAACAACUCUCUCACCGGAAAAGAGAAUAUUAUCUCGGAAGAAAACCACAAUGUUGCCACUACAGCCUAAACCAUUGAAUAUGUUUCAAUCUACUAUUGACUGUAUAAAGGUGAGAGCUUUACAUUUGAAAUCAUUGUUUGAUAACAAAACAAAGAUAUGUUUUAAACUUCCGGUGUCGGCGCCGCCACCAAAGCCACCGGAACUGUCACCACCACUCUCACCACAAACACCAUUUAUCAGCCACCACCGACCACCGCCGGAACCACCACCAUUUUAG